AUUAGCGGAUGAGAUGCAUGUGCCGUCUCUGCCAGAGAUGCUGUUUGGGGACAACGUGCUACGCAUUCAGCACACAGAUGGUUUUGGGAUCGAGUUCAAUGCAGUUGAUGCUCUCAAAUGUGUCAACAACAUGCAAGACUCUGUAAAAGUGGCUUGUGCACAAGAGUGGCAGGAAAGCAGGGCUGACUCUGAGCAUUCGAAAGAAGUAGUUAAACAUUACGACUGGACAUUUACAACAGACUACAGAGGGACUUUACUUGGAGAGCACAUAGAAAUGAAGGUAAAGCCCACCACAGAAAGAAUUGACUUGGAAAAGCUGAAGACACGAGAGCAGAUCAAGUUUUUUGAGGAUGUACUUCUGUUUGAGGAUGAGCUGCAUGAUCACGGCGUGUCUAUGAUCAGUGUGAAAAUUAGAGUGAUGCCCAACAGUUUCUUUUCUCUGCUGCGGUUUUUCCUGCGAGUGGACGGAGUGCUGAUUAGGAUUCAUGACACACGUCUUUAUUACGAGGCUGGAAAAAACUACAUGCUUAGAGAAUUUACUGCACGGGAAAGUAAAAUGUCAGAUCUGCAGAAUGUUCCUCCAGCCAUUUACACAGACCCCAAUGAAAUCGCACAGUACUUACCACUAAAAUUCACAGAGUGUGAAAAACUCACUUUUCCAGAGAGAGAGCCCGAAUCCGAAUCUUCAUCGACUCAACAGUGAUGCCCAACCAGACAACAUCACAUCUAACCCACUAAAGACUCGCACUCAUCAUGUCUGAUAUUGUCAUGUGAACUUGUUAUGGAAUUGUUGUGUUCUGACUUAAUGUCAAUUGGGAAAGGUUGUAAAUGGGUGCUGUGAAUCAUUCAAAUGGGAACGUUUGAUCCGGAUUUGAAUAAGGAAGAUUUUUUUAUUAAAAACAUUCAAUGAUUUAA